CGAACGCGUUUAGACUUGUCCUUCACCGCAUUCCGUCGUGCUCACAGUGUUGCCGUGUUAUUUGCUUAUUUUUGUUCAUGCUACAUUUUCACCAGAAGCGGAUGUAAUAGAUAUUAUUUACGACAAUUGUUUACUUUUUAGGUACCGUCUUUCCCAGCGCCUCUUUAAGGUUCAACCAAAGACAUGGCAGAACAGGCUCCUUCUAUUGCUCUUGAGGCUGUACUUAAAACCAGCAGCGACCUACCUGAGGACUUACCGAAGAUCAGAGGCUACGACUUUAACCAGGGGGUGGAUCUCCAGGCAGUUCUCAAGUCCUACUUAACCACAGGUUUCCAAGCCAGUAGCCUCGGCUUGGCUAUCCAGGAAGUAAACAACAUGAUUGAAAAACGUCUGGAGGUAGUUGAAGCCGAUAAUGAGUCUGGUGACAAACCAUCCCGCCCAGGCUGUACCAUCUUCCUGGGAUAUACGUCAAACCUCAUCAGCUCCGGAGUCAGGGAGAGUAUCCGAUACUUGGUAGAACACAAAAUGGUCGAUGUGGUUGUGACCACAGCAGGCGGCAUAGAGGAAGACUUGAUCAAGUGUCUGGCUAACACGUACCUUGGAGACUUCAGCCUAUCUGGCAAGGAGCUUCGUCUAAGAGGAAUCAACAGGAUUGGGAACCUACUCGUGCCCAAUGAUAACUACUGCAAGUUUGAAGACUGGCUCAUGCCCAUUUUGGACCAGAUGUUGCUGGAGCAGAAUACAGAGGGUACCCGCUGGACUCCUUCCAAAAUGAUCCACCGGCUUGGCAAGGAGAUCAAUAAUACUGACUCUGUCUACUACUGGGCAUACAAGAAUAACAUUCCAGUGUUCAGUCCUGCAUUGACAGAUGGCUCUCUUGGCGACAUGCUUUAUUUCCACUCAUUUAAGAAACCUGGCCUUGUACUUGAUAUCGUGGAAGAUAUACGCAGGUUGAACAGUCAGGCCGUGCAUGCCAAAAAGACUGGAAUGAUCAUCCUGGGAGGCGGGCUGGUCAAGCAUCAUGUAGCCAACGCCAACCUCAUGAGAAAUGGUGCCGAUUACUGUGUUUAUGUGAACACGGGUCAGGAGUUUGACGGCUCCGACGCUGGUGCCAGACCCGACGAGGCUGUGUCCUGGGGCAAGAUCAGAACCGAUGCCAAACCUGUCAAGGUUUAUGCCGAUGCCUCUUUAGUCUUUCCUCUGAUUGUGGCCGAGACAUUCGCUCUCCACGCCGACAAGCUGACAGCAGGCAAGAAAGCCGAAUGAAGGCUGCGAAGCACUUUUUCUCAUUACAGUGGAAAACUUUUUCCGGGGGGGAAGGAUGGGGGGGGGGGGGUGAGCUUCAUGCUGGGUAACUUUUUAAAGCACCGCAGCAUUCCUGUACAAUCAGUGCUGCCAUGUGGAAAUGAGACCGCACGGUCUCUCUUGGGUCUCACUAACAAUAUUUACUUGUUAGGACAAGUUGUAUUACGCUUAUUCAGAUGAAUGGAAUAUCACAGUUGCAUGUUGCAGCAUGCACCAAAGAAACCGUCAGUCGGGUGUGAGCAGACGCCAGGGAAUACCUCUGGGCUCAUGAGGCCAAAAUUGCUUUGAAUUCAUUUUCGAUUUAACUUCACAAUAAACAUUGUGGAUGCUUUUCGAGAUCACGUAAAAGACUAUAUCACGAUGCAAAAUUGCACAGUACGCAAACAAUCAAAGCCCGCAUCCCACCGAGGGAACGUUGGUGAACUUCGACAUAACCCGACGAGAACUCGCAUUUGCUCCCUUCGUUGGCACUUGCAGACGUUCGCUACUCGGUGGGAUCCCGGCUUUAAGAAAUGUUUUGUUUUGAUGAUUGUGCAUGCAAAAACCUUUGAAUGGAAAUAUAUAUAAUGAAAUAAGACAUGCACCUGUCUUAUUUCGACAAUAUAAAUAUCUAUAUAGAUUUCUGCACGGAUGCCUGAUGUCUUCAUAGCCGUUUUUGUUAAUGGGAUGAUACAAAAAUGACUUCAGCACUUCCAAGUGAACAAGGAGGAGUGAGCUAUAGACGAAAUAAAUAAAUAUUACCUUUAGGUGUGGAUCUGAAUUUUAUUUAUUAUUAUUUUUCAUUUUAAUGUGAGUAGAGCAUAUAAAUAUACUUAGUGUGUGUAUGUACUGUUCUAUUCUAUUCCAGGAUAUUAUAUCUUUCAGAAAUACAAAUUUCUCCCCAAACUGUUGAUUUGUAUUUCUUUGCAUCUUUUUCCCAAAUCUGUAAGCGGAUCUCAUUUGAAAUGUUGUGUUUUAAAUAAACAAAAGGGCACGAACAUA